GAAAAAGGACAAACAAAAUGGAAUUAAGAAAAGAAUGAAGUCAGCACAUAAAAGAGGAAGAAAAUGAAAUGAAAAAAAGUAAUACAAGAUGACAACUUUUAUGCUGGUUUACCACCACAGAAAUAAAACACCAUGUCCAACAAAUGUGAUUUGUCUAAGGAAGAGAAAGUGCAGGUCAUAUGCCGUCUUCUGUCUCAAGCACCCCCAGGUGAAUUCUACAGUGUUUUUGAAGAUCUCUGUAUUCUGGUCCAGGAUGAUGACUUGAUGAGGCAAGAGGCAGCCCAAGUCUGUGCCCAUUACAAUAAGAACAAUUUCACUUCAGUCAGAAUAGAAGGAACCAAUGUACUGGUGACACGCUACAAUGACCUAGGAGGAAGUCGUUUUUUUGACCCAAAAAACAAAUUUUCUUUCAAAUUUGAUCACUUGAGUGGAAUAUCAAGCAAAUUUCAGCUUCAUAGUGUCGCGUGGGAUGAAGCAGAAUUAUGGAGAAUAGCCCUAAGCAGUGCUCUAAAGGCAUACGUGGAUAGUCACUUUCCUUCAGGGGAUUGCAAUGUGUUUAAAAAAACCCUGAAAAACAGUCACAUAUUUGUGGCCUGUAUUUCAGGUCAUCAGUACACACCUUUGGGCUUCUGGAAUGGUCUUUGGAGAGGUAAAUGGAUUUUUUCCCAGAUUCCAGUUAUUACUCAGGUUACAGGGACCAUUAAUCUGCAAUUACACUACUUUAAAGAUGCUAACCUCCACAUGACAGCCUGCAAAACUGUUGAAGAGACCUUACAUGUAAUUGACCCAGCCCAGUUGGCCAUAGAUUUUGUGAAACUCAUAGAAACUGAAGACAACAAAUUUCACCUUGCCAUGUUAGAAAACUUCCAGGCUUUGACAGAUGAAAUCUGGAGAAAAACUCUACGAAGGCAGCUCCCAGUCACUCGGACUAUCAUUAACUGGAAUAAACUGCUGACCAAUCAGAGCAUGAAAACCAAUUUCUAGUUUUGAGGUGCCACUGAGUUUACUGAAGUCAACUGUUUGAGUAAAAUAUAACCCAAAUAAAACUAGCAAUCACUUUGGGAAGUA